AUGCUACAAAGUCUAGGUAGCUCCAACCGUUGGAGAACUGUUCAGACUUGUACGUAUGUGUGGGAUCGUUGUUUCGCACAAAUGGCUACUGCCUGUAACAAUCAGGAGUAUCUCCAGUUCUUACCUUAUGUGGGAAAGGGAUCCAAGUUCAAGACUCAUUAUAUCAACUCCUUUAACAGCGUAUCCAACUCUAACCAAUCACAUGAUGACCACGAACUACGCAGUAGACAGCAAAAAUUGACGAAUUAUAAGAAAAUCUCCAAGUAUCUCUCGCAGGACGAGUUAUUUCAACUGAACCAAGAAUUCAUCCAACAAAUAUUCUCUUUAAUCACCAGUUUCAGGUAUGAUUCUAAAAUCCUAGAUCCAGGAACUGUUCAAGAGUUUUACAGACAACCAAGAGUCUUGUCAAGGGCACCUAAGUUACCAGAAUCACUGAACAUCGAGGUUUUCACGGAGUAUGUAGACCAGAUCACGAAUAAUCGAUAUGUGCAUAACCACGCUUCUAACGAGGAAAACGUUAUUCCAAUGUUGCUGCGUCAGUUCUUUCACAAGGAUAACAGACACUGUAUGAAACUGAGGGGUAUUCACUCCUACAACAACGUUAUUCGUUUCUUUCUUUCUAAGAACGACCUACCAUAUGCGAAAUCGUUGUUGGCUCAGAUGAGAACAGAAGGAAUUAGGCCAAAUAGAUUGACAUACAAUCUUUUUAUUGGUCAUUUGAGGAACAUGCCUGUACACUAUACAAACCCCCUCAUUACUGUUUUGAAGUAUUUGGGUUUAAUGAGAAAGGAAUACAUUUCUCCUGAUUCAACCACAUGGCAUCUGAUCUACCAGAUUUUGCCAGACAAAAUUUCCAAGCAAAUGUUAUUGGACAAAAUGGAUCAACUGGGAUUUUCCAGAACUGCACUUUUGACACGGUUCGAACUGGAAUCGCUCUCGUGUUCUAAUGAAAUGACGAAAUUGCUGCAGAGCACUCCACCACCAUCGAAGGACAUAAACUGUUUCAAUAUUUUGUUUUCUCAAUUGGUCAUAGAGAAAAAAUAUCAGAAAUGUUGGGAAUUGCUCCAUGAAACUACACUAACUCCCAACUUGUCCACUCUCAAUAGCAUUCUCAAUUCUCUCCGAAACAAUUCCCGAGUCGAUCUGUGUUUUGUCUUUUACAAUUACAUGCUGGACAAGUUCAAGAUUUCCCCUAACACUACCACUUUUCACUACUUGAUUGCGGCAGCUGUCAAGCAGGGAUUUCAUAAUAAUUGGAGACAGGUCCUCAGGAUUCUAUAUCAUGAAAUGUUAGUUGUUACAGGAACCACAAAUAACUUCUCAGGAUACUAUCUUCAACGGGCCAAAGCCCGUUCUUUAAUUGAUCUGAAAAAUAAUCAAGCUCCGUUGAAUUUAAAAACUCCACUUUCAACCGCAGAACUGGACAUCCGUCACCAACUUUUUAAUGAUCUUUCUAUCAAUACAGAAACCAAGAAAUUCCCAACCAUACCAAACACACAGAAACAUGGGCCAAAGUUUGUAAAAGCUGCUCUUACAAGCGGGUACCACAGAGCUAAACCUUCCAAAAACGGAGAACAGAAAGGAAACUACAUACACCUGGCCAACAGAGCCAAGUCUGUCAAGAGUGCCAUACAAAAAGAUUUUAAACAAAAGGACAAAAUGCAUAAUUUAUCCCGAAGGUAUAGAGAUCGAAUCAGCAUCAUCAAAGAGGGUUACACGAGCAAUCUUAAACAAAAACUUGUAGAUAACAAUAUGGUCUCUGUUCCCUAUCUAAAAUAG